CGACUUUGGUCAACCACCAUCACCCUCGGCCACCCUCGACCGAUCUCAAUCAGUCUCGAUCAGUCUCGAUCAGUCCUGGUCUGCUGCUGCACACAGCCGCGCCAACCUCGCCCGAGAUUCUCUUCCGUCGCAAUGGCUAGCGAUAAAGUCGAGCUCAGCUCGCCCUUUCCGAGCCCGCCCAUAUUCUACAGGCUCUACACCGACGAAAACAUCGCUGCGUACCAGGAGUGGAGGCAGCAGGCUGCUCAGACAGACGCCCGUGUGUUUCCUCGCCCACAUCCCCUUGAUCCGGACGGUCUUUUGAGCCUCGAUCCCCCUCCUCCACCCGGCGAUGGACAGCCCUAUCGCCAGUUUGGCGAAUGGAAGCAGUUUCAACCCAGAAUCACCUCGCUGCGAGAGCAAAACAUUGCUCAGCUGUAUUCGGAUGAUGCAGACAAGAGUACGGAACUCAAGAGACUCAACCAAUCGCUGCUUGUCAACUUUCUCGAGCUGGUGUGGACGUUGAUACACCACCCGAAAGAUUUCAACCAGAAACUGGACCAUAUUCAUUUGCUUCUCAUCAACAUUAACCACAUUUUGAACGAAUAUCGGCCCCAUCAGGCCAGAGAUACGCUCAAGCUGUUGAUGGAGCAGCAGAUCCAGAGACGCAACUCGACAAUGAAUGAGAUACAGCUCUGCUUGCAAGGCGCCGGUGAAAUGAUUCAAUCGACCAAGGUAGCCUGCAGGGUCGGAGGGCCACCUCAAGACAAAGACGAGGAUGUCGAGAUGUCCAUGGCCCCGACAUUGGCGCCAACGGAGGAGGAGCCAAAGACAGAAUUUCACAAGGACGAACGGCGGAGACAGUUUUGGCUGAAUCAGCAGCGCAUGAUGCAAUUGUAUCAGUGAAUGGAUCUUUGAGUUGUCAAGAUUUGUGGGCAGCCGCUGCCCGAGCCUCCCACACAAAUACAUGCCUCGCAGCACCACCUUUGCGAUGCAGAUACCAGCGCUGGUCGUGAUAUUGCUGCGGUGCAAUCGAACGCAUAAACGUUUGCAAAGAUAAUUAACAAGGCCCGCCUCGGAGGCC